AUGCCGCCCCCAGUCCGCGCGCGUCCGAUCAAGAAAGAUGACUUCGAGACGGUCUUUAAGAAACUCAAGACAUCCGUCUACCAAGACAGCGUGCGCCCGGCCGCCGUCUCGUCGUCGCAUUACAUCCGCUCGAUAUCGUGGAACGCCUCUGGAACUUUUAUCGCCACGGGAGCUGCAGACAAGACAUUGCGCAUAUGGAAUCCCGAGAAAACCAACGUUAAGAACUCCACCGAGCUUCGUACGCCCAACGUGCCUCCCUUGACCAACCUCGAACGCGUAUCUUUCCACCCCAUCAAUGAGAAUGAGCUUGCAAGCUGCGGUACCGAUGGUAUGGUCAGAUUCUGGGAUAUUCGCUCCAAAGCUAGUGUGGGCGAGGUCAAGGUCGGCGAGCAGCCCUUUACGCUGGCAUGGACACCAGAUGGCAAUGAAAUCGUUGUAGGACGAAAGGACAACCUGCUCGUCAAUGUCGAUAGAGCAGCUCUUAGUAUCAUCUCCGAGCACCGUCAGCCCCUCCAGACUAACCAGUGUGUCUUUGAUUGGUCCGGUAACCACCUUUACUCGACAGCUGGUGAUGGAAGCGUUAGGUUACUACGCUAUCCGUCGUUCGAAAACGCUCUCACACUGAACGCCCAUACUUCUGCAUGCUAUGCUGUCUCCAUGUCACCUAGCGGCGAAUACCUGGCAGCUGGCGGAGGAGAUGCGUUAGUUUCACUUUGGGAUACACAGGAAUGGAUUUGCGUGAGAACCUUGGAGUUGACAGGAGGCCUCGUUAAGAGCGUGGACUUCUCGUUUGAUGGCAGCUACAUUACAGCUGGCUCCGACGACAAGGAAGAAAAGAAGAUUCGCAUCGCGCAUGUUGAAUCGGGCGAAACUGUGCACACCAUUGAUGUUCCUACACCCGCAGCGCACGUCGCAUGGCACCCAUGCCGAUAUAUACUGGCCUAUUCAGCCGACAACCUGGGCCUCAAGAUUCUGCCGUUUUCUACAAGUCUCAAACGUUUACAAUACUCUCGAAUUAGACUGGUCACCAUGGACGUCACAGCACCCAUACAACCGAAUAGCCUAUUCUCCGCCAAGGGACUGGUAGUAGUUAUUACCGGCGGCGGCUCUGGACUCGGCCUCGCCAUAGCCUCAGCACUCUACCAAAACGGCGCUGAAAAAGUCUACAUCCUCGGCCGCCGACAAGACGUCCUCCGCAACGCCAUCUCCAACCUCCAAUCAGACAUAGCAUACAAACCGCAUAGCACUUCCGUCCUCAACGACAUCGUCUGCGAUGUCACCGACCUCGACUCCGUCAAGGCCGCCGCCGAGCAUAUCAAGAAAGAUGUUGGCUACGUCGACGUGCUAAUCAACAAUGCCGGUGUCCUUGGGCCGAGAAACGGACAGGACAUCUACAAAGCAUCGUCCAUCCACGAACUCGCCGACGCAAUGACAUCAGACUACGAUGGCUGGGCCAGUGCCAUGGCGAUCAACACGCAAUCCGUCAUCGGUGUCUCCGCGACUUUCCUCCCUCUGCUCGAAGCAGCAAAUACACGCCGUGGAUGGGCACCGGGCAAGGUCACCGGCACAGGGAACCCGCGUGCCCGUGACACGGCGAAGCUGGCAGAACAUGGUAUCGACGCCGACGAUGACCGCAUGGCGCACAUCAUCACCGUUGCAUCCGUCGCUUCGUACAUGCGCUGGGUCUCCGCGGGUCUCGCGUACAAUGCCAGUAAAUCCGCUGCCGCGCACUUGGGCAAGAUGAUGGCGACGUUUCUGGCGGAGUGGGGGGUUAGAAGUAAUGUUGUUUGCCCGGGUCCUUAUCCGAGUGAUAUGACGGCGGGUAUUACGCCCGUGUAUGGAACGAGUCAGAUACCGCAGGGACGGAUGGGCGGGUUGAACGACAUUGCGGGGUUGAUGCUUUUUUUGGUGGGCAAGGGGGGCGCGUAUGUUAAUGGGGUUGCACAGUUGACGGAUGGAGGGAGGGCGGGGGUGUUUCCUGCUACGUAUUAG